AUGCGUUGGAGCCCUUACACCGACAACGGUGGCACCUGCCUGGGCGUUGCAGGCGAAGACUUUGUGGUGGUGGCUGCGGACACGCGACUCAGCCAAGGAUACAGCAUCCACACACGCAACUGCAGCAAGGUGACCCAGUUGACCGACAAGUGUGUGAUUGCUUCUUGCGGCAUGAAGUCCGAUGCCAUUACCCUCCACAAGCACUUGAAGGCCCGUCUGGUCAUGUAUGAACACCAACACAGGAGGCAGGCGUCCGUGACUGCCAUCGCACAGAUGCUCUCGACAACCUUGUACUACAAGCGCUUCUUCCCCUACUACACCUUCAACGUGCUCUGCGGGGUUGAUGAUGAGGGCAAGGGGGCGGUAUAUCACUAUGAUGCCAUCGGCAGCUUCGAGCGUGUGCCCUUCACCACCAGUGGCAGCGGCAGUGCUUUGGUCAUGAGCGUAUUGGAUGCCCAGAUCGACAAGGGGAACCAGACCAUCGAGACCCCCACGCUCGACAAGGCAGGCAUCGUGGAGCUGGCCAAGGACGUGCUUUCCUCCGUUGGGGAGCGGGACAUUCACACCGGAGAUUACGGAGAGAUCUUCCUGAUUGAUGCGGCCGGCGUCUCCAAGACCGAAUUCGAUCUCAAGCUGGACUGA